AUGGAGCCGAAGAAGCAGCCCGGUGCCCUCCUCCGGAGCGUCUCGCGCAUCUUCCGUCGCAAGCGCAAGGAAGAUGACCCAAACAGCGACAACAAGAACGGAGAGGCGAGUUCUUCUGCACCUGCUAACGUUGUCUUUGAUCGUCCCGCGCACAUUCGGAUCAGCGAGUUCAUGUCGGUGAUUCCUCUGACUGCUGAGGUCACCUACAUCGAGCCGAUCCACUGGGUUGACUACGAGCCUCGAGGCAUGUACCCCAACAGCAUCAUGACACGUCACUUGGCCGAAAUUGCUCAGGAAGUUCGCCUGGAGCUCCAGAAAGAUGUCAAUCAUGGCGACACCUGGACUCAGAGCCAGGGAUGGGCACUUUGCAACAACGUCGAGCUGGUCAAGCAUGACCUUGGCCACUGCAAAUACACGAUGCUUCUGGACAACAAGUUGCACCUGUCUCCCUUGCCCAAGUACCCCAAGACCAUCCUCGAUCUUGGUACUGGCACUGGAAUCUGGGCUGUUGAUAUGGCCGAGCUCUACCCUUCUGCUCGGAUCAUCGGAGUCGAUCUCUUCCCACUCCAGACCAAGAUUGUUCCACCCAACGUUCGCUUUAAGAUCGACAACGUAGAGGUCGAGUGGCGCUGGGGCGAGUCCAUCUUUGACUUCAUCCACGCCCGUGAGCUCACCAUGACAAUCUACGACUGGCCCAACCUCGUCCAAGAGGUCUACCGUGCCCUCAAGCCCGGUGCCUACUUUGAAAUCUCUGGUUUCAUCCCCGACUUUCGUUCCGACGACGGUACCCUUCCAAAGGACUCUGCUUACGUCAAGGAGCCCAUCCGCUGGAAGAGAUACCUCGAGGAGGCCGGAUUCGACAACGUUGUCGAGCGUGCUCUCAAGCUCCCCAUGGGUCCAUGGCCCAGCAACCCUCAUCUCCAGAAGAUUGGAAACUUUGAGCUGCUCAACUGGCGUGAUCAGGCCAUGACCACUUUCAGAAACAUGUGCCAGAACGCUCUUGGUGGUGAUCAGACCUACUACCGUGAGAUUCUCGCCCAGGCCGAGACAGAGGUCUUGAACCCCAACAUGCACAGCUACAUGCCCUUCUACGUCGUCUAUGGUAGAAAGCCUCUCGAUGCUAAGCCAUGCGGCCCACGACCCGAGAAGCCACCCGUCGCCCGCGAAAAAGUCUAG